AUGCUUGUCGACGCUGUUGACCGUGUUGGUGAAAAUGGUGAAGAUGGUGAAGAUGGUGAAGGUGGUGAAGGUGGUGAAGGUGGUGAAGAUGGUGAAGAUGGUGAAGAUGGUGAAGAUGAUGAAGAUGAUGAAGAUGGUGAAGAUGGUGAAGAUGGUGAAGAUGGUGAAGAUGGUGAAGAUGGUGAAGAUGGUGAAGAUGGUGAAGAUGAUGAAGAUGGUGAAGAUGGUGAAGAUGGUGAAGAUGGUGAAGAUGACGGCAAGCUCUGGUAA